UUAUUCAUCAGCCAGUAUCGUUAAUCUUAGUUUUUUUCCGUAACAAUCUUUCAAAAACAUGUUGAAGUAAAAUGAUAUCACAUAAAUUAAAAUUUAUUACUGUGUAAAACAUUAAUACAUAUAUAUAUAUAUAUGAUGGAGUUGCCCGAAGUGACGAAAUGUUUUGGAAUAUUUCCUCCAAAACAUGCAACUUAUAUGAUUUCUUUAUUUGGUUUAGCCUCUGGAGGCGCGGGUAUUGCUGGAAUAGUACUUUAUGGAUUAAUUGAAAAGGCAAUAACUGCUUUUUUUUUAGGGAACAGUAAACAAAAAAUGGACGACGCCGUGAAAAAGGUGGUACUUUUAACACUUGGAUUGACAUCUUUAUUAAUGUUGGUGGGAAACAUACUCUUAUUUUUGGGGGCUACCUCAAGUUCUCGUGGUGCAUUAUCAAGUGGCGUUAUUGUGCUUUUAGUGAUGUGCCUGAUCAUCAUUUUUGAGGCUAUCGGCCUGCCUUUGUUUUGCUUCUUCCACGAACCAUUUUGUGUUAUAAAAAAACUAUCAACACUUUUAGUGGUCUUGUCCAGCCUUAUAAUCACAAUUUUUCUUGAACUAUGGUUAUAUUUCAUAGCCGUGGCUAACAGCUAUUUGGUGGAAUUGUAAAUUUACAAGAAAGUGCGAUUAAACCUGACAUAUGUUUCAAUAUUAUAUAAAAUACAUAUAAUUUUCUUUUUUUUAUAUUUGAUCCAAUAUUUAUUGCGAAUAAGCUACAGUGGAAAUAAAUUAUCAAAGAAGUAAUUUUGAUGCAUUCUUAUAAAUAUUACAAAGAUAAAUCAUUUUUUGUAAUCUUUAAACUAAAAUUAAAUUGUCUAUUUUUAUAGACAGCCAAUAUUACACAGCUUUGCCUAAAAUUGUAUAAUAACCAUAAUAUAAAAACCUCUUGAAACUUUAAACUAUUCAAAGUCAUAUUUUAUAUUUUUUUUGUACUAUUUAUUUAUACAUGCCUAUUAUGAAAAACAAAUUAUCUAAAUUUAUUAUACCCUUGUACAUUCAUGCAAAAAUAAUUGUAAACGUUUAUUGUAAACUAGUAAAAAGUGUGGGGUGCAUUUGACUACUUUUCAUAUCUUUCCUCUCAUACACAGUUGCCACUAGAAUGAUUGUACCCAACAUUCAAUAUCAAGCACGCCACUCUUAAUACUCUGAAUUAAAUUAUUCUGUUAAUAACUUAGAUUUUAUUAUGAAUUAUUUUGAGGUGAUGAACUAUGAAUUAUUGUUUGACAUUCUACUAUUGUAAUAUAUAUUUUUUUGUAAUUGAAAAUUAUUUUCUAUUUUUUAGUUUGAUUAGCUAUAAAAGCGUGUUUUUUUAAACUACUAUUUAAUUAAAAAAUUCUUCUGGAUAUAUUUUCGUAGCUCUAUGUAAUAGGACAAUCAAAAUACAUAUACCUAUGUUACAUAACUGUCGCAAAUUUAUAAAAGCAGUUGGUGUGUUAAAAAUUAUGUAUCAGAUAUAAAUUUCGCUGUUAUUCUUUCGCGAGACAUGCUUUCGUCACAUAGUUUUUCAAAAAUGGACUACAGUGUAGUAUUUUUAAUCAAGUAAAUGACAUAUCAUUAAAAAUUAUUUCAAAGAAAUUUGAAGAUGACACACUUAAAAACAUUGAUACUUUGUUAUAUUAGUAUAAAUUACAGUUAAAAACUAAACCUAAAUUAAAAGCUGUUUUUUUUUAAUCAGGUCUAUACGUAAUUGUUUUACAUAACACAUCAUUUAUUUGGAAACUCAUGUUAUUUAAUCGAUAUAAUUAACAUGUUACAAAAUAUUAACAAAUACUUUUAAAUAAUAAAAUUUAUUUAUAUAAAUUUAUAUACUUUCAAAACAAAUCACACGUGCAGAUAUUAAAUAACAGCACUCACCUGCUGGUAUCGUCAGAGGCCGACUAAGUCAGGUCAGCUGGUUCUGCGCUCAAAACACAAGACUUUCACUUCUUACGUCAUGGAGCCUUGGCUCCUCUGAUGCACUGUAUAAGAGGUCCUACACUGUAUGUUAAUGAGUACAUGUUGCAUGAUGGUUUCUUAAACUAUUAGUGUGACAACAUAUAAAUUUAUAAUUUACACGUAUGCAUAAGUUGAGAGUGAAUGCUUUAAAGUAAUAGCGGUCAUUAAAAAAUAAUUGUCCUUUGUCAAAGGCGUCCUUAAUAUAUGUAUUUGAAAUAA